UAUGUCGUAAACAAUGACAGUAGAAAUGUACUUUGCUGUAUUCUAGAUCUAAAACAGACGCAGGCGUGUGUGUGUGUGUGUGUGUGUGUGUAAAUGCUCAUGACUUGAUCCUGGUUAUGUAAAGUGGAUCUGAGUUGUUCAUCAGAUCUAUUAAAGAACUAUAAUGGGAGUUCAAGGUCUCUGGAAGCUUCUGGAGAGCACAGGAAAGCCCAUCAACCCAGAAACACUGGAGGGGAAGAUAAUAGCAGUUGAUAUCAGCAUCUGGCUUAACCAAGCAGUGAAGGGGGUACGGGAUCGUGAGGGGAACAAUGUCCGCAACGCUCACCUCCUCAUGCUGUUUAACCGCCUGUGCAAGUUGCUCUUCUUCCGCAUCAGGCCUGUUUUUGUUUAUGACGGAGACGCACCACUUCUCAAGAAACAGACUCUGGCCAUCAGGAGACAGAGGAAGGAGGAGAUGGUACGUGAGUCCAAGCAAACCCAUGAGAAACUCCUAAAAACCUUCCUGAAGAGGCAAGCCAUCAACGCUGCCCUGGGGAAGCACAGUCAGGAGAGCGCUCCAAGUAUCUCGUCAGUGCGAAGAGAUGAGGUGGACGAUAUGUACGUUUUGCCAGCACUGCCGCCUGUAGAGGAAAAAGAAAGAAGCAGUUCUGAGGAAGAACCAGACACAGCAGGUGAACAGACACCGGACACUUAUUUUAGUUUUCAGGAUGAUUUCUACGAGAAUCCCAAUUCUAUAGACAUCAACUCUGAGGAGUUCUCCCUCCUGUCACCCGAAAUCAAGCAUGAGAUCCUUAAAGACAUGAAGGAGUUCAGCAAGAGAAGACGCACGAUGCAUAACAAGCCUCCUGAGAGGUCGGGGGACUUCUCCCAGUACCAGCUGCAGGGCCUGUUGCAGAGGAGUAAGCUGAACCAGCGUCUGGAGGGAGUGGAGAAGGAGAUGAGCCAGCGCUCCUGUGGUGAUCUGGAGCAGCGUUACGAUCAAGAUGAGGAGCGCAACGUGGAGUCCCGCCGUCUCAUCUCAGAGGAAUCAUCACACUAUAUACUCAUAAAAGGAACACAAAAGAGUGACAAGACACCUGAACCCCAGCCAGCCUCAGAUUGUUGGUCUGGCGGCCCCUGGUCAAGAAAAGGCAGAGCCAAAGGAAAGCCUAAGCCCCUCUGGCGCCCCCUAUCAGAUGACAUCGAUGAGGAAAAUGAGCCUUCCUCCUCCUCUUCAUCUUCAGCUCUGAAAGCUGAUGUGGAGGAUCGGCCCGUAGACGCAGCACCCGCAUCCCCACGGACACUUCGGGCCAUUCAGGCAGCCAUGCUGGACACCAGCUCAGACGAGGAUGAAAGAGGAGCAGCGAGUCACCAGGAUGAGAAGGGCGGUGUCUCAAGGUCGAAAGAGCCACUCCGAAAAGUUCAGACUCAGCGGAAAUACGUCAUCAGCAGCUCAGAUGAAGAGAACGAGCCGGCGGAAACGACAAGAAGCAAGGCGGUCGAGGCAUCUCCUCAAACUUUGCUAGACAUUCAGAUGCCCAGAGGAGAUAAAGUGUCUCCUCCUGGAGCUAAGACGUUCCAACACAUCAGCUCUGAAGAGGAGGAAACGGAGGAAGGAGUCAAAAAAGAAAGCAAAGCUUCAAGAGCUCCGACUCCCACUGAAGAACCAAAACUGGAAGAAGUUGCUCCCCCGAGUUCCUCAGAUUUAGAGUCAGAUGUGGAGACGCGAGCUUCAGUCAAAGCUGACGUCCGCGAACCGGCUUGUCCACGUGAACCGAGCGCUGCUUCUGAGACCGGAAGUUUGCAGGAAGGAAGCUUGAGCGUUUCUGCUCACCGUUUUAAUUCAGACAUGAUCAGAAGUGAACCGAAAGAGGAGAAGAUUGAGGAAAUCAGUGUGAAGAGUGAAGAUGAGGGGAGCAGCUCUGACGAUGGUUUCAUCGAGGUUUCAGAAGGCGAAGAGGCAUCAGAACUAGAAGAUUCCUCAGUUGUACCGGAGGAGUUACAAGAAGAAAGUAAUACAGAAGAGCAGGAGGUGAUCAGCGAGGAGGAAAGUCAAGAUCUGAGCGGUUUAAGUCCGAGUGAAACGCAGGAGCAGGACUCGAAACCCUCUCGAGCAGACGCCGCUGCACCUGCUGCCAGCGAAUGGGACGACAUUAACCUGGAGGAGCUGGUGCGGCUGGAGAAAGAUCUGCAGGCGGAGCAGAGCAGUCUGCACGGCCAACAGCAGCAACAACAGCGCAGCGCCGCUACAGUUACAGGCCAAAUGUGCCAGGAGAGCCAGGAACUGUUGCGCCUGUUCGGUGUGCCCUUCCUGGUCGCCCCCAUGGAAGCCGAAGCUCAGUGUGCGGCCCUGGACAGGACCGACCAGACGCACGGCACCAUCACUGACGACAGCGACGUCUGGCUGUUCGGAGGACGGCACGUCUACAAAAACUUCUUCAGCAACAACAAAUACGUAGAGCACUACCAGUACCUGGAUAUUCAGAACCAGCUCGGAAUAGACAGAACAAAGCUGAUCAAUCUGGCGUACCUACUGGGCAGUGAUUACACCGAGGGGAUACAAGGGGUUGGAUACGUCAAAGGCAUGGAGAUACUCAAUGAGUUUCCUGGACUCGGCUUAGAACCACUUACACAGUUCAGAACGUGGUGGAGCGAGGCUCAAUCAAAAAAGAAGCUGGCUGAUGAUCCCAAGGACACCAAGGUGAAGAAAAAGCUGAGGGCGUUAAAGCUGCAUCCUGCCUUCCCCAAUCCCGCUGUUGCUGAGGCCUACCUUCAUCCUACAGUCGAACAAUCAGAGGGCACGUUCAGCUGGGGCCACCCACAAGUGGAUCUCAUCAAAGAGUUUUGCUAUAGCCGUUUCGGUUGGAGCAGCAGGAAGACCGAGGAAACUCUGCAGCCCGUUUUAAAACAGCUCAGCACUCAACUGACUCAAAGGCGCAUCGACUCGUUUUUCCGUCUAGAACAGCAGGAACAGCAGGCCAUCCGCAGCCAGCGCCUACGCCGAGCCGUCACCUGCCUGAAGAGGAAGGAACGCGAAGGAAUGGAUGAAGGAGAGAGUGAUGAUGAUGAUGAUAAAGUCUCUCCAGUAAAGCAGGGGAAGAAGGAGAAGGGAAAAGAGAAAGAAAGCAACUCUACACCUUCAGCGAUGUUCGAGGGGGGUUUUAUUGGGUCGGACGUGUGUCAGAACAUCCUGGAGGGGAAGAAUGGAGAGGGAAGGUGGUCUGAUGCUGUAAGCACAGAUGUGGAGAUGAAAUUAGCCAUACAGGGAAAGUCUGAACCUUCAAAGACAAAAUCAAGCAGCAGCAGCAGCAGCUCGGAGGACGAACUCGAACACAAGAAUAAAGCAAAUCUGGUAAUCGCACGCUCUGUGUUCGAGGGUAUAACAAGAGGACGAGGGAAAAGAGGGGGGCGAGGUGGAGGGAGAGGGAGGACCAACAAAAGCUUAAAAUCAAAAUAAUAAAGACUGUGAAUGAAAUGUUGUAUAAAAGAUAAAGAUGUACUAUG